GCCGAUAUAAGAGCGCGGCCGCCUGGAGGCUGGCGGGGGCUUCGCGAUGUCGCUAGUGCUGCUGAGCCUGGCCAUGCUGUGCUGGGGAGCGGCGUCCUCGGAGCCGACGAUUCAGUGUGGCUCUGAGCCCGGACCGUCUCCAGAGUGGAUGGUCCAACACACUCUGACCCCAGGAGACUUGGGGGACCUCCGAGUGGAGCCCAUUACAAGCGGCGUUGCAAUGGACAACUAUUCCAUCUCGAUGAACGUCAGCUGGAGACUCCGGGCUGAUGCCAGCAUUCGCUUCCUGAAGGCCACCAAGAUCUGCGUGACAGGCAAGAGCAGCGCACGGUCCUACAGCUGCGUGAGAUGCAAUUACACGGAAGCUUUCCAGACUCAGACCCCACGGACCGGCGGCAGGUGGACAUUUUCCUACACAGGCUUCCCUGUAGAGCCGAACACAGUCUACUUCAUCGGGGCCCACAAUAUCCCCAAUGCCAAUAUGAAUGAAGAUCCCCCCUCCAUGUCUGUGAACUUCACCUCGCCAGGCUGCCUAAGUCGCAUAAUGAAAUACAAAAAAAAGUGCAUCGAGGCAGGAAGUCUGUGGGAGCCCAACAUCACCGCUUGCAAGAAGAACGGGACAGCAGUAGAAGUGAAUUUUACAACCAGCCCCCUUGGAAACAAAUACAUGGCUCUCAUCCAAAAUAACAUUGUAAUUGGGUUUUCUAACGUGCUGAGAAACACACCCCCAAGUCGCACUUCAGUGGUGAUCCCAGUGACCGAAAGUGAAGGUGCUGUGGUCCAGCUGACUCCAUACUUCCACACUUGUGGCAAUGACUGCAUCAGACGCAAAGGAACAGUUGUGCUCUGCCCGCCAGCAGGCGCGUCCUUCCCCUGGGAUAGUCGCAGAGGCAUGCUGGGUGGCUGGCUGCCUCUCCUCUCUGCUCUGCUGGUGGCCACAUGGGUGCUGGCCGCUGGGAUCUGUCUCAUGUGGAGGCGCGAAAGGACCAGGAAGGCUCCCUUCCCUACUACCACGCUCCUGCCCCCCACUAAGGUUCUUGUGGUCUACCCAUGUGUAUGUUUCCAUCACACGGUUUGUCACUUCACUGAGUUUCUUCAGAACCACUGCAGAAGUGAGGUUAUCCUUGAAGAGUGGCAGAAAAAGAAAAUAGCAGAUGGUCCAGUGCAAUGGCUUACCACUCAGAAGAAAGCAGUGGAUAAAGUCAUCUUCCUCCUUUCCAAUGAUGUCCAGCCCAGAUGCGAUGGCACCUGUGGCAGGAGUGACAGCAGCCCUCAUGAGAAUUCCCAAGACCUGUUCCCCCUGGCCUUUAACCUCUUCUGUAGCGAUCUGAGAAGCCAGACUCCCCUUCACAAAUACAUGGGGGUCUAUUUUAGAGAGGCUGAUACCAAAGACGAAUACAGCGCGCUCAGCGUCUGUCCCAGGUACUACCUCAUGAAGGAUGCAUCUGCUUUCUGUACAGAACUACUCCGUGUCACACAGGUGUCAGCAGGAAAGAGGCUGACGGCCUGUUCCCUGUAGCCCGCCCGUGAGAAGUGAGGGGCCUUGAAGCCUUCCUACUCCUCCAGUUAUAGGCGGAAAGUAUCUCAGAUGAUUCUGAAGUUUCCUGUGUGGGCUAUGUGCAGGGAGACGUCACAGACACCUGCUGUAUUUAUUAGCAACAGGAGCAGGGAGGAUUCCUAAAUGAAUUUACAAAUUACUUCUCGGACACUCUAAACUUGGUGAAUACCGAAGUAAGCCUUUGCUCAUUCACUCAGUAACUCAUGGGUAAAAAACCGUCUAUUACAUCCAAAAGCCAUU